AUUCUUCUUCCCCGCGGCAUCCUAGGAUCACAGAGCUAGGCGCACUCGCCUCGAGGAUAAACACAAGGGAAAAUGCAGGCGCCCACCAUAUAUAUGGUACACACAAAAGAAGUCGUGGCAAAGCAGUGGUUGCCAUUGUUCCCCCGCUCAUCGUCAUGGUCCAAAUUUGCACGCAACUCCUGUCGACUGGAGCGUGUACGCUCCCGUCGUGCCCAUCGAGUCACGAUGUACACAUUUGCAGACUAUGCGGCGUCCUUUGCUACACAUCCAACGAUUAUCGGGCUCACCUACGUGGCAAAGUGCACAAGAAGAAGACCCUCGGCCGCUCCGUAAUAUAUCAUUGCUCGAUCUGCAAUACUAAUUUACAUGCUUUUGGGUGGAUAACACAUGUAGAAGGCAAACGUCACAAAGCACAUGCGAAGGUGCAGUGCGUGGAUCCAGCCGUCGAGCCUGAGGAGGAAGCCACGUUACCUGGGCAUACUUUUUGUAACGUCUGUGGUAUUAACGUUCGACAGAGUCACUGGGAAUUUCACCUCGGUUCGCCCUCACACGUCAAGAAAGUGCUGUUUACGAAAUACGAGGCGGCGGUUGAUGAAGCCGAAAAGAACAAACACGGCGUAGACGUCUCCCAUGGCGAAGAUGGGCUGGAUUUUGGUGUUGUCGAACUUCAGUCUGCGAGCACAGGAGUGAGAAUGACACUUAGUGUAAGCAACACUGUACCAUUGGAGCAACUCAUCCUAGAAGAUGUGAAGAUGUCGAAUAGCUCGCCGCGUAGGCCAUCCACUUUUUCGCUAUCAUUUCCAGCUCAUCCUGCAGCGAUCAUAUAUGGUCGUCCGCUUAAUAUCGAAGUCAGCUUUCAGCGUCAUUUCCGAGGAAGAUAUGAGGACCGCAUUGAGUUGGUGCUCAGGGAUACUGCGCUUAACAAGACUUUCAUCAUCGUACGGCCUGUCAGAGUUACGGUAGGAAGCAAAGCCGAUCAUGAUCUGCUCAAACCUGUCGCCCCCUACAUUCCUCGAAAGCGAACCAGACGCGAUCCUGAAUUGGACGUUAUACCUGGUGUACCACCGCCUGCAUUGCGUGCGGUCCCGUACGUGACUAAGCUGCCGUGGGCUGAGAUUCCCAAGAGGAUCUCGGCUGCUCUUGCACAAGGUUCUCUAGAUCAACAGAUAGCCUUUUUCCGUGAUACGGAACUUCCCCGAGUGUUGAACAGCGCAAAUCAUAGUCGCCAUUUCAAGACAUUGUUAUGGAUAGAAGAGCAUAGGAUGGAAAACGACUUGCAGAUAUACGACAUACCCGAUGCACAAAUGAGGAAGUACAACCAGUACUACUAUCUAUCGGUUCCAGGUCUGGCGGAGAAACGUCCGAGCGUCCUUGUCGGCGACAUAGUCUUAGUCCAGCCACACGGCGCUGAUACAGGGCGCUGGUAUGAAGGGCACGUCCAUGUGGUUCAUAAGGAAGAAGUGGGGCUCUGCUUCCAUGGUUCAUUCCAAGGUCAUCAGCCGAGUCAACUGUAUAACGUUCGCUUCAAGUUAAAUCGAAUCCCUUUGCGUCGCCAACACCAGGCUCUGGAUACGGCCUUCGACCCCGAUCGGGUACUGUUGCCGGAGCAGGCGCACUUUGUGACAACGGCAAUCCCAUCUCCCAUCGGUAUACGGGCCUACAUCUAUAACAGUCUUAUCAUCAGCAAUCCCCCUCAACUACAGGCCAUCACAUCCAUCAGCGAGCAGCCGGCGGGUUCGCCACCUUUCGUGAUCUUUGGGCCCCCUGGUACCGGAAAAACGAUCACAGUGGUCGAGUGCAUACGCCAGAUCCAACGCCUAAAUCCUCGCGCUCGCAUACUAGUGUGUGCGCCGAGCAACAGCGCGGCCGACCUCAUCGCGUCUCGUCUCUCGAUGCUCAGCACGAGCGAGAUGUUCAGGUUCUACGCGCCUUCCAGGCAGAAGAAUCAAGUUCCCGAUGAACUGCUCCCGUACAGCUAUACAUCCCCGCAGUCUAACCAUUUCUCCACACCACCCGUCGGUGUACUCAAGCGCUAUCGCGUCAUCGUUUCUACAUGCGUCUCUGCUUCCUUCGCUCACGGAGUCGGAAUGCCACGCGGGCACUUCACACACAUAUUUGUGGACGAGGCGGGCCAGGCAACAGAGCCCGAAGUUAUGGUGGCAGUCAGAACGAUGGCGGACAACAAUACGAACAUUGUGCUAUCCGGCGAUCCCAAGCAACUAGGGCCCAUCAUACGUUCUGGCGUUGCACGGGCACUAGGGCUCGAGAAAAGCUAUCUGGAGCGAUUGAUGCAGCGUCAAGCGUACGAUGAAAUCUCCGGCCGUGGGCUUUCGGUCAUCAAAUUGGUUCAAAACUUUAGAUCGCAUCCGACCAUCUUGAAGUUCCCCAAUGAGAGGUUCUACAAGGGCGAUUUGCAACCAUGUGGCAGUCCCACCGUCAUUGAUUCCUUCUUGGGUUCCCCUUUACUUGUGAACAAGAAGUUCCCUGUUGUUAUGCAUGCGAUUUCUGGCAAAGACGAUCGUGAGGCUUCCUCUCCUUCAUUCUUCAACAUAGACGAGGUCUUGCAAGUGAAAGAUUACGUCCAACGUCUUCGAAGCGACAGAUAUUUCCGCAUCACCGAUGCCCAGAUUGGUGUCAUCGCCCCAUAUCACGCUCAAUGCAUGAAGAUUCGCACUGCAUUGCGUGGUGUCGCAGAUGAGGUAAAGAUUGGCAGUGUGGAGGAGUUUCAGGGGCAGGAGCGCCAGGUGAUCAUUAUAUCAACUGUUCGUUCAAGUCAAGAGUUUGUAGAGUAUGAUCUGAGACAUACACUUGGAUUUGUCGCCAAUCCUCGACGCUUCAAUGUUGCGGUGACACGUGCACAAGCGCUGCUCAUCAUCAUCGGCGACUCAAAUGUGCUUUCAUUGGAUCCUCUCUGGCGCUCAUUUCUCAACUACGUCUAUGAAAACGGCGGGUGGACUGGUGACGAACCGUCAUGGGAUACACGCGAGGCGGUCGACGAAGCUGGCGGAUAUGAUGAAACGAUCAGGGAUUCCGCCAUUUCGGACAUGAACGAUUUUGCUCGAAGGAUGGAGAUGCUAACUCUGGAUGGUAUGAUAUCCACGGAUGCGGACGAUGAUGGUAAUGUGGACAGACCCUGGCGCGAGGUCGAGUGAGCUCGCAUCAGGUUUUCCAAUAAUCAUGAUAUAUAGAUACUCCAAAUAGGCUAGACCUUAUCUAUUGCCAUACAUUAAUUAUUCGUUGUGCAUGUUGUCUCUCCUCCGAGCUGCCUUGCUAUGCUGUGAUGCUUCAUAUUGUAUUCUUUUCAGAGUAUCGAUGGUGACCUCUUUACUCGCCGUGCCGAGAGGGUUCCUUCCAAG